GCAGGACUUGAGUGGAUCCAAUGAGCUGACGCCGCGUCCUGGGCCCAACACAGAGCAGCACGCCGGUGAUAAAGGGAACUAAAAACUACCCAGCGUGGCGUUUACGAAGCUUUUGGACAACGACAAGAACAGAAAAGUACUGUAAAAAACAGCGUGUAUGAAGUGGAGCUCAUUCAGUAAUCAGUAAGGCAAAGCUCAUGAUGGGACAGAGGAAGCUGCCAGUCAUAACACUCUUCUGCCUUGUUUUGGCACUGUUUCCUCAUGAUGCAGCUUCUGUGGCUGUCAUGUCGGUCGAUCUGGGAAGUGAAUGGAUGAAAAUGGCGAUAGUUAAGCCUGGUGUGCCAAUGGAGAUCGUCCUCAACAAAGAGUCGAGGAGGAAAACUCCGGCUGUCGUGUGCCUAAAGGAAAACGAGCGGCUUUUUGGUGAUAAUGCCUUAGGAGUGUCUGUAAAAAAUCCCAAAACCGUCUAUAGAUAUCUUCAGUUACUGUUGGGUAAAAAGCUUAGCAACCCACAGGUGGCGCUCUAUCAGAAACGCUUCCCUGAGCACCUGCUCCAAGAGGAUCCUCAGCGUGGCACCGUUUACUUCAAAUACUCAGAGGAUAUGCAGUAUUCACCAGAAGAGCUACUCGGGAUGAUGCUCAAUUACUCUCGGGUUUUGGCUCAAGAUUUUGCUGAACAGCCAAUCAAAGAUGUAGUGAUCACGGUGCCAGCGUUCUUUAACCAGGCCGAGCGCAGGGCUGUGAUCCAGGCCGCACAAAUGGCUGGUCUAAAGGUGCUUCAGCUCAUCAACGACAACACUGCUGUGGCCCUCAACUACGGUGUGUUCAGGAGGAAGGAUAUCGAUAACAAUGCUAAGAGUGUGAUGUUUUAUGACAUGGGCUCUGGAAGCACAACUGCCACCAUUGUCACCUAUCAGACCGUGAAAACCAAGGACUCUGGGACUCAGCCUCAGCUCCAGAUCCGCGGUGUCGGUUUUGACCGCGGUCUUGGAGGUUUUGAGAUGGACCUGCGGCUGCGUGACCAUUUGGCUAAACUGUUUAAUGAGCAGAAGAAAAGCAAGAAAGAUGUGAGGGAAAACCACAGAGCCAUGGCCAAGCUGCUCAAAGAGGCUCAGAGGCUCAAGACGGUUCUCAGCGCCAACGUUGACUUCAUGGCACAGGUCGAAGGUUUAAUGGAUGACAUUGACUUCAAAGCCAAAGUGACCCGGAGUGAGUUUGAACAGCUGUGUGCAGAUCUGUUUGAGAGAGUGUCUCAGCCAGUGCAGGAUGCCCUCACCAGUGCAGAGAUGAGCAUGGAGGAAAUCGAGCAGGUGAUCUUAGUCGGAGGUUCAACUCGUGUGCCAAAGGUUCAGGAAGUGUUGCUCAAAGCUGUUGGAAAAGAAGAGCUCGGGAAAAACAUCAAUGCAGAUGAGGCGGCGGCCAUGGGCGCUGUGUACCAGGCUGCUGCUCUGAGUAAAGCCUUCAAAGUAAAACCUUUCCUGGUCAGAGAUGCAGCUGUGUUCCCCAUUCAGGUGGAGUUUAGUCGUGAAACUGAAGAGGACGGUGUGAAGAUGGUAAAACACAACAAGCGCAUUUUGUUCCAGCGGAUGGCGCCAUAUCCCCAACGUAAGGUCAUUACAUUCAACCGAUACACUGAUGACUUCAACUUUGAGGUCAACUAUGGGGACCUCAGCUUUCUUUCUCAAGAAGAUCUGAGCAUGUUUGGGUCUCGAAACCUUACCACAGUCAAACUCUCAGGAGUGGGAAGCAGUUUUCAAAAACACUCAGACGCAGAAUCAAAGGGGAUCAAAGCCCACUUCAACAUGGACGAGAGUGGACUUCUUUUGCUGGAUCGGGUUGAGUCUGUGUUUGAAACCAUUGUGGAGGAGAAGGAAGAGGAGUCGACAUUGACAAAACUGGGCAACACCAUUUCCACCUUGUUUGGUGGUGGAUCUUCUGAACCUGCUCCCAACAUAACAGAACCGGUCCAGGAUGAAGAGGAAGUCCCCCCUGAAUCUGGGAAGGAUGACAAAGAGCAGGAAAGUAAUGAGGAACAGAAAGAUGAAGCAGAUAAAAAGAAGCAGGACGAGUCAGAGAAGAGUGAACCUGAAACGGAGAAUGCAGAGGAGGCAGGCAGCAAGACUGAAGCCAAGGAAGAAAAAGAUGCAGAGAAGACUGAGAGCACAGACAUCGACAAGGAAGCAGACAAGAAAAAAACACAGAAGAAGAGUAAAAUCUCAGAUGAGAUUUCUGUUGAGCUGAUCAUUCAUGAUAUUGUGGAUCCCUCUGCUGAUGACGUCCUCUCCUCCCAGAAGAAACUUCAGGAUUUGACAGACAGAGACUUGGCCAAACAGGAAAGAGAGAAGACCUUGAAUAAUCUGGAGGCAUUUAUUUUUGAGACGCAGGAUAAAAUGUACCAAGAUGACUACCAGCUGGUGGUAUCGGAGGAGGAGCAGGAGCAGAUCGUGGCUAAGCUGAGAGAGGCUUCUGAGUGGAUGGAUGAGGAUGGAUACUCGGCCACCACCAAGGAGCUGCGCGGGAAGCUAUCAGAACUCAAGAGCCUGUGUAAGGACAUGUUCUUCAGGGUGGAGGAGCGGAGGAAGUGGCCAGAACGUCUGGCCUCUUUGGAGAGCAUGCUUAAUACAUCCAGUUUUUUCUUAAGGAGCGCCAGACUGAUUCCUGAAGAUGACCAGAUAUUCACUGAAGUCGAGUUAAACGUGUUGGAAAAAGUCAUCAAUGAAACAACUACUUGGAAAAAUGAAACGGUAGCAGAACAGGAGAAGCGCUCUCCCAAAGAACGCCCAGUCCUGCUAUCCAAAGAUAUUGAAACUAAACUGGGUCUGCUGGACAGGGAGGUCAACUACUUACUGAACAAGGCCAAGUUUGCCAAACCCAAAACUAAACCCAAGGUCAAAAACGGCACAAGCUCGGAUAAAAGCAGUAAAACCAAUACAACAGCAGAGGAGACGGUGAUCCCUCCAACAGCUGAGAGCUCAGACAAAACUACUGACAGCCCAGAGGAGGCACAACCAGCCGACCCUCCACCCACUGAAGACAACACUGCACAAAAUGAAUCAGAUGACCAGCCACAGACUGCAGAGGAAACAGAAACUGAAACAUCUGAGACUAAAAGUAACCACGUAGAUGAUGAGUUAUAACAUCUGGAGUUGACAAAGGAACAAAUCUCACUAUUUAUUGACGAUGUGUAAAUCCUCUUUUGUGUUCCUGUUUCCGGUUUCCGUUAAAUGAACUUCUGGAGAAUGGUUGGAAAAGGUUGGACACCACUCAUCAUUUGGAUCCUGACUGACAUAGAUACUGAGCAAACACACGCUCUUAUCAAACAAACAUGAAAUAACAUUACGUCAUUGUUGUUGCUAGGAAACAUGAUCACUAUGGACACUGGAUUCUUAAUAUGAAGGUCCUAUAUUACGCACAAUUGACUCUUGUGAGACUUUAGCCAUGAUAUGUUACCUCAUCAAAAAUAUACCUGGAGUUGUGUUUUAUUUCAUUCACAAGUUUCAGUAGCAUUUUUAUUAUCAGUCUGUCUACAUCUUCAAAGCUCAAAAUGCUCUGUUCUACCUUGUGAUGUCACGCAGUGGUAGUUUUCAAGUUGAAGUUCGUCUAAAAGGUUUUUGAUUUUUUAAUUAUGACUUAAUUUAAUAUUUACAAUUUAUUAUCAAGCCAAAUUAAGUUUUACACCAACCAAGAAGCAAUUUGGGGAAAAAGUAGAAAAAUAUUUUAAAAAUUACAGGAAGUAGAGAGUUGUAAACGCAUUGAUUACACUGGGAGAAUUAAGUCCAAACGUUUGACACAAUUUAAACAAACACAUUUUUCUCAUCCUUUAAACAUAAUUUCAGCAAAAUGAAUGCGUUUUCCUAUAUUUGUCAAAUAAUUUCUGUUUCAUUAAAUGAGUUUUGGCCCAGUGUACUACAUGGUUGCUAGGUAAGAGUUCCUUAGUGUGAUGUUAUGAUUCACAACCAGGAAGUAAAAUUUCAAGCCUAAAGAAAUUACCAAACUGGGAAAAGAUUCUAAGAUUUUGAUUUAAAAAUCUUAACCAUAAUGAGUUUAGCUGUGUUUUAGUGAAAUUAGUAGUCUUCAUACCUGUAUUAAGUUUUUAUCUUUUACAUUUUGUUCAGUAGAGAUUGUCAGAUCCAGGGCUGAAAUCAUCCAAAUGAUUCUAGUGAAGGUGUAUGGAGUUUAAAAACACAGUGGAGCACUUCCUGUAUUAUCACAUGACUUCACAAGGUGGAACAGUGUGUUUUCUGUUUUAAGGGAAGAACUCAGACUAAAUAUGCAGGGUUUGUGUGUUAAACAUGUCAAACUAAUGAAACAAAACACAACUCCAGGUCUGUGAUGAGGAAACAUUAUGACAUAGAUCCGAAAAUGGCGUAAUAUGGGCCCUUUAAGAUUUGUCUCAAAACUGCAACUUUAUGAACGGUUGAAAGGGCUCUGUUCAUAUAGGAUCUCAUUACUUGACGUUGUUUAUAAAUGGUAGUAAAGUAAUUACUUUCACUUUUGAAUUCACAUAACAAAACACUGUUAAAGGUGCACUACGUAACUUUUCUAGUGUAGGAUCUGCCACCUGGUUGUCUCUAUGGAGAUGUUAUUGCUUUGUUUAAAUUCUUCCACAGUAUGAUAUUAAACAUCUUUAUGAGAAUAAUCUGUUAAUGCCACAACAGUUACAGGUCACAUCUGUGGACAGGUGACCCUGCUCACAGUAAGAAUGUAUGUUUUUCAAGGUAUUUUUUGAGUAAUAAAAACACCUGUAAUGGAAUAAAUGUGCAAAGGUUUAAUGCCAGACUGUGGAACAUUUCAGACUGAACGAUAACAGCGGACCCCCACCAGAAAGUUACAUAGUGCGCCUUUAAAUUCAAGUCUUGUCUUCAUAUGCACUAGGUCUGCUCUACUGAAAUUGAAGGUGCGUUCACACACAUCACUUAAAAAUUGGGAUUAAACUGGGAAUAGACCAGGAUCUAGACCUGAACUAGAACAGGACCAAACCAAACCAAAUCUGUGUGUGUCUAAUCCACUUGAUGUAGUCCUGGUUCAGUUCAUACCUAGUUCAAGUUUGCAUCAGGACUAAACUGGAUUCAAACCAGGACAAGUGUGAACACACCCUACAUGCUGAAGAUGAAGCCUUUUAAAAUGCAGUGUUUUUCCUAGUAAACAGAUCUACUGGUUUCCCCUACAAACAUGCUUGAUUUUAAAGGUCCUAUAUUACGUAGCUUUUAAGCCAUGUUAUAAUUUCUUUGCCUCCUUAAAAACAUACCUGGAGCUGUGUUUUAUUAGUCUUUCUACAAAGCUCAAAAUGACUUUGAUGUCAUCUAGUUGUAGUUUCCAAGUUAACAGCUGCCUUUUAUUUUUAGUUCAGUAGAGAUGGUCAAUUGCAGCGCUGAAACCAUCCAAAUGAUUCUAGUGAAGGUGUAUGGAGUUUAAAAACACAGUGGAGCGCUUCCUGUAUUACCACGACAUCACAAGGUGUUUUCUAUUUGAGAGAAGAACUCAUGUUUAACAAAUCUUGCAUAUUUAAACAGUGUGAAUGAAACAAAACACAACUCCAGGUCUGUUUGUGAUGAGGAAACAACAUUAUAACAUUGAUCAGUAAACUGUGUAAUAUGGGCUCUUUAAGUACAGCUGAAUAUAUUUAGUUUGAGAUCUUUUUUCAUUUCAAAUCUUCACCAGCUGCUAAAGUGUUGGGUGAGGGGCACUUGAAUGUUCUGUUUUUACCUCGAGCAGUUGGGUCACGUACAUCAGAAUUUAGGUUCACUGUGGACUUCUAUGUGGACGCCAGAAAAGUGGGAAGAGUCUAGAUAAAUGGAAUGAAAGAUGGACAUAUUGUUUCUAAACUGUUAAUAAAAAGUAUGUCUUUUUAU